AUGCAAGACCCAAUUCCAGUUCCGCCAACCAUCUCCGGCCACGUGGUGGCUGUUCCAUACCCAGGUCGACGCCACAUCAACCCCAUGAUGAACCUCUGCAAGCUGCUGCUUUACAAGAACACCAACCUCCACAUUACCUUCGUGGUCACCGAGGAAUGGCUCGGCCUCAUCGGCUCCGACUCCAAACCUGACAACUUCAGAUUUGCCUCAAUCCCCAACGUUAUUCCUUCCGAACAUGAUCGAGCCAACGACUACGUCACCUUCUUUGAAGCCGUUAUGACCAACAUGGAAGCCCCUUUUGAUCAUCAAGCCAUUGGAAGUAACCAUGGUCAGAAUGUUUGUUGUCCACAGAACCAGCGUGACCAUUACCAAAACAAGGACCAACCUCUAGAUUGUAAAUUGAUAGUGGAAUAUUGGAAGGUGGGGUGGAGGGUGAAAACACAAGUUGAAGUUAAACAAGACACUUUGAUUAGAAAAGAUGAAAUUGCUAGCCUUGUUAAAAAUUUUAUGGAUUUAGAGAGUGAUGAAGGGAGAGAUAUGAGGAAAAGAGCCAGGGAGCUUCAGCUGCUAUGUCACCGUGCAAUUGCAAGUGGUGGAUCAACAGAUUCUGAUAUCAGUGCUUUUCUUCGCCAUAUACUUCGGGGUGCCAAGCCAGAGUGA